AUGCGAUUCUCAUUGGUAUUGAUCCUGGGCGUUCUCGGCAGUGUCCUGCUCCUGGGCGGAAUUGCAUCGGGCACCGACACUAAGACCGCCUCCACUGCCACAGAGGCCUCCACCUCGAAGAAGGUAGAAGCAUGCAAACUCCUGCGUCUAUUGAAGGAACUUCAGGAGAAACAAGGCGAGAGGGCCGAGAAGAAGGACCACGAGAAGAAACACGAGGUAAAGGUUGAGCAUCAUAAGAACCGGGGGCACGAGAAAGCAUCCGAGAAAGAGCAUCAUCAUCGUGAAAAGCUGGGGCACGAGCAUCAUAAGAACCGGGGGCACGAGAAAGCAUCCGAGAAAGAGCAUCAUCAUCGUGAAAAGCUGGGGCACGAGAAGAAAACCGAGAAGUACCAUCAAAAACCUCACCAUCACUAA